UAUAAUUCUUUUUUAUCCAUUCAUUCAUUCAUUCAUUCAUUCAUUCAUUCAUCAAAUGAAUGCUUUAAGCACAUGCACAUUGUAUUAAAAGUAGAUUCAAAGUCUAUAAUAUGAUACAUUUCCACUGAAAUUCCCACCACCAGUCAGUCAAAAGCAUCUGAUUAUGGUUGAUGCAAACAGUUACUCUUAUAUACUUUUGAAGAAUACUUUAGAUCUGUAAUUCCUCUCAGGAUCAUAUCCAAAGCCUCAGUCCCAUUGUAGUCUGAUGGGGGUAAAAUAAGUUAAUUAUCAUCUGAAAUCUGUUGGUUUGGGGUGACUAUAAUAGCUGGGGAUUGCAUUUGCAUAAAUAAAUUUUAAAAUUGUCCAUACUUCAGUAUGUAUUUGGUUUACUUUGCAAGAGUUUGAUAUCAUUAUUAUUAUUAGUAGAAUGGUUUCUUGCGGCCAUAUACUUUAUAUAAAGCUAACUUUUUAUGUAAUGUUUGUUAUCUUUAUAUAUAGUGUGUAGGAAUGUGAUCAUACGUUUAAAUAGCCUUGAAGAUCACAGACACCAUUGUUUAUUUCUUAAACUUCUAAUAGUCAGCUGCAGUGAUGCUGCACUUUUCUGUGCUUUUGGAACACAUGUGAAAACCUUUUAAGAUGAGUUCUUGUGUCAUUUUCAACAUUUCAAUGGAGGAAGUCCACUUAAAGUCUAAUUUAAAAAGAACAUUACCACAGUCGCUAGAAUAUCAGGACUACAAAUCUACCAUCAAGUUCGGUUGCGUUGCGAGUAAGAGGAAAGCCAAUAACGUAGGUGCACUGGAUCACAUGUUAUUUGUAGCCAAUCAGAGCUUAGCUCCGCGGUGUUAGAUUGAUUCUGUCAGCGGCAGCUGUUUGUGGGACUCGUCGUUGUGGCAGCUAUUUUUGUAUUUAAAAGGGAUGAAAAGAAUCAAGAGGAAGAAACAAAACGGAGGAGUUGGGGUAAAUGGAUCUGCCACAAGAGAGCCGAACUGUGGGAGGAAGCAGAAGCUGACUGAGAUCCAUCAGGCUUUGAUCAGUGAUCCAGUGGACAUUGAGACCCUGAGGAGAGCAGCAGCCAGUAGAGGAGGACUCCUCACUGACGACAUGAGGAGGAAAGCAUGGCCCAAACUGCUGAACAUAAAUGUGUAUGAUCUACCAUAUAAACCUGGUCGGGAUGUGAGGGAGAACCACAAAGACUACAACCAGGUAGUUCUGGAUGUCAGGAGAUCCAUGAAACGCUUCCCUAAAGGGAUGCCGACUGCAGAGAGGGCGGUGCUUCAGGAGCAGCUCAUUGACGUCAUACUGGAGGUUUUGAAACGUAACCCUCAGCUUCACUACUACCAAGGCUACCACGAUGUGGCCGUCACUCUGCUGCUGCUGGUCGGGGAACGGAUGGCCCUCGCCAUGCUGGACACCCUGUCCAACUAUCACCUCAGGGACUUCAUGGAUCCCACCAUGGACAGCACCAAGCACAUUUUGAACUAUCUGAUGCCUAUAUUGGAGCAGGUCGAUCUGGAACUGCAUGACUUCAUGAUCAGGGCGGAGGUUGGAACCAUCUUUGCACUUUCCUGGCUCAUCACAUGGUACGGUCACGUCCUGCCAGAGUUCAAACACACCCUGAGACUCUACGACUUCUUCCUGGCCUCACAUCCGCUGAUGCCCAUCUACCUCGCCGCUACGAUUGUGUUGCACAGGGAGAAGGAGGUGAAGCAGACAGAGUGUGACAUGGCCAUGGUCCACCACCUCCUCUCCCACAUCCCCCAGGAUCUGCCAUAUGAAAUUCUGAUUGGCCAGGCCCAGGACCUGUUCGACCAGUACCCUCCGUCAUUACUGGCCAAACGGGCAGCGCUGCAAUCUCGCAAGAGCCUGUCCAUCAACACCUUCCAGGCGUUUCAGCUCUCCACCCUCCACCAGAGGCCCGACUCUGUUCUCCAACGCCUCACCAAGGCCCAGGGCUCUGCCACCUCCAGACACGCCUCUCGACAAACAGGCCUGGAAGCAGCUUUGCCUGGGGACCGAGGCCAGCUGUGGGGGAAGGGGAACAGGAUGGUAAAGAUGGCAGUGUGGGGACUGUCCGCUACGCUCGGGGCAGCCGUGUUCGCCGUGGCUCAGACUGCCUUGGACUGGGGACCUGAGGUGUUACUCCAGCUGUUCUGACGAGGUGGUGGGAAUAUAGACUGGUCGACACACACACUGACGCAUGGCGACGGCCGACGCACACACCAGCUCUCACGACAGAUCGACAACUUACACAGACUCUAAAAACGGUGGGAGAAAAAAGGAGGAAGUUGUUAUCUUGGUGCCAAACAGGUUGUUGCUGCUCAACCAACAAUGAACGUAUGUUAUCAACUAGUCAGCCUCAGGAUUCAUGUGCAUGUGUGUGAGCAGGUGUGUGUCUGUGGAUGGAUUUCAUGGAACAGGCCUCCAAUGAACAAUCCAAAUGGUAAUUUCACAACAUUUCUUUUUGGUAAGUCAAUUAAAUGACCACGAAAGGAUGCCAAACAAUCACAAAGAGAUGGAAAGAACGCGACAAAGAGACUCAAAACAACCACAAAAUGACCGCAGAGACAUAUGAGGCCACAUUUAUCAGAAAAGAAAUGCAUACAAUCACAGUUUUGUGUCUUCCAGUCAGUGUGUCUUGCUGCUAUGUAGGUGGGGUCUAUGCUUGCCUUCACCCAGGGGCCCAUUAUCUCAGAAUCCAUCCUUGCAUGUGAGACGCGACAACACAUCACGCUCUUUCAGGCCGGCGCAACAUUUUACAUGUGUCGUUGUUUCUUUAUUUUGCUGAUAACUUGUUUUUUUAGACAGUCACGCAAGUUUGUGCACUUCGGUUGAAAAAAGAAACGUGUUUUCAGCGCGCUUGUUGGAUCAGCAGCCAUAUCUAAGAGCCAAAAGUGCCCGUAGCCAGCGCGAUGACACAUGAAUACAAAUUAUUAACGAGCGGUGUUUCCUGCUGAAAGCUUCUGGUUAUGAGCGAAGACGGAGAGCGGGAGAGAGAAAGAAAGAAGGAGCGAUAGAGCGGGAGAAUUUGCCUGUGAGCCUUGUAUUAAUUGCUUUACUCCAGGUGUUAGCGAGUUGCAUUUACAGUAGAGCCUGACACACACACACACACACACACACACACACACACACACAUUAAAACGAGCUGUUGCUGGCCCAGAACGCUGCACACGGUUAGCAAGCUACACUCAGUGCAAGCAGUGGGGAUUUUCCAGAUGCAUUUUGCAGUAGGUUUCUUUAGAAUGCAUUUUUCAUAUUUUCUGUAGUAGACUUCAAGCUGUUGGAGGCCAACAACUGCUGAAUGAAUAUGGGGAAGACACCAGUACUUUUGCAGUCUUGAAAUAUUUAGCAGGUUUGCGCCAAUAUCCACCCUGAACAGCCGACAACAGAGCUACAGUACACGGACUCCUCAACAUCAUAUUUCUCCUCCACAUUUUACAACUUUAAAAUGGUUUUACACCUUAAUUUUGUGAGUUUUUAUUUGAACUCUUGAGACAGAAGAAAUUGUGAGGGGUCUUUUUUUCCUAUUAGUGAUAUAAAUUGGUCUCCCCAUUUGCCAUCACACAUGCUGUAGAUGCUGUCGGACCAAACAUAAUCACAGAGUUUCAUAACGUGAAAAGUGAAUAUUAAUAAUACAGUAUUUCCACCUGAGGUACACACACACACUUGUAAGGAGGUGCCCUCUCCAAACAGCAAUGCAUGCUCCGUGCGUCGACUUAUAUUCUGAAAUAUUUAUCAGCUCUUACUAGCAUGUAGCUAAGCCGCUGCUCCUGUUAAUACAACUUCACUGGAGUCACAACAUUCUCCCUCCUCCUCCUUUUCUCUGUCAUCAGAUAUAAAUGUGUCACAUGUUCACGCAGCUCGUUGUGCAGUCGGCCCUGUUGAUUUCUGUUGCUUUGCGGCUUGUGAAAUCAACCGUACGCCAGUCGUUUGUGCGCAAAGUGACAGUGGUGAAUGCAUUUAAGACACAUUUCUAGUCUCAGGCAUUCGUCAGUUAAAUGCUAACAUUUGAUUGGUGAUAAUCAGUUAGUUGUUUUGUUAGACGGGUGAUCAAUCAAUAAAUGGUCUGCAAGCCAGUAAGGAUUCAGUAAUCUAGGCAAAUCUGUGCUGGUUAACUGAAUACCAUUGCAAUUAAAUGCAUUGACUGUGUGUCUGUGAGAGAUGGAGAAAGUUAGCUCUUUAUUUAUUUACUGCUUUAAUGCUCUCAGUGUCUCAUUGUUAAGUGUCACCAGGCAAAUUAUUUAUUUUAAGAGCAACAAUCUGAUUGGCUAUUUAUUGAAAUCUUGUGCUGAAUUGUAUGAAUGUGAAUCUAAUGUAAAUGAGAAAUUGAAGUAAAAAACAUUAUAAUGGUUUGCGAUUAGCAGCGAUCUGAGGAUUUGUAUUUGUUAAGUUCACAUUGUUUUGUUUUUUUUUUUAUAGAAAAUUCUGAAUUAGACUAGAGGUUAAGGGAAUAGUUUAACAUUUCAGAAAAAAGAUGCUUCUCUCAUGUCUGGUUCAUAAAUAUGAAACUGUGGCCAGUACCUGGUUGGCCUAGCUUUGCACAAAAAAACAGAAACAAGAAGAAAGAGCAGACUUGGCUCUGUCCAAAAAAAACCCUCUAAAGAUCAUAAAUGAAUGUGUUAAAUCUUAUUUGAUAGUGUAAAAACAACAGGUAGUGGUUUAACUGAGCGUCAGAUAUUGAACUACUUCUUCAAAUAUGAGAAUAUUAUCAGUCUUCUUAUCUAUUCUAUGAAAUCUUUUAACAUGAACCACCCCUUAGGUGACAAUAAUCAACAUAUGACAUUGCAACAUGUAACAUGCACUGUUGUAUGAUGCAUUGUUGGCCCUCUGCAGUGAAAUUAAGUCUCUUAGCAUUGGCUGUAAAGUAUCUGUGUGCAAUUGUAAAUCUGUGAUGCUUGAAUGAUAGAAAACAGUUAUAAUUAGAAGUCAUUUUUCAUGGUUUUUGCUCAUUCACAUUUGGCUGCCUGACUUUAAUAUACUCAGAAACACUCUUUGACCGCUGCCUUUGAUGAUACUGUGUAGUUGUGUUUGUGUAACGCAGACAAAGACACACACACAGAUUCCAGGAGAGAGUGUUGGUGGUGCCAGAUCCUAAUGAGGGUUUAAUUCCUGCCCAUGGCUCUUGGCGUGCUGAGACAUUUUCUCCUUGUCUUUUUUUUCCCCCUCUACAAUCACAUUCAACUCUAACAACACCUACACCAGCACCUGCCCUGUUCUCCAUCUGGCACGAGCCUUAAAAAGUGAUUGAAGCUUAUUACUUGGUUUGAGUGAAACCAAUCGGGAUGUUAAGGAAAGAUGAUGGAUGCCGGAGAUGUGUCGAGGGUUGUUUUUGGGACUUUAGGACCUUUCAGAUUUAUAAAUGAAAGUAAUUUGAUCUUAUUAUUGUACGAGAAGUAAACCCUGAAAAUAGAAACCGCAUGAUUUAGCUUUACUGAAGUGCAAUAAUUUACUGUUAUUGAUCAGAUUGCUUGAAGACAGUUGAACAUUUUCACAGCUCUAUUACUUUUUCUACACCCAGUUUCAAUGCUUUUUAGUUAGUUUCUCACAACUCACGUCUGUAUUAAAUAUUUUGAAAAAUAAAUAAACUAAAUAAUAAUGAGAGAAAUGUUUAAAACAGGAUUUUGAAUUCACAGAGGUUUGAUAAAGAGUCUAAAAAUGAGCUUCCAUUGAACUUGACUGCAAAUUUCCUAAAAGACUUGAGCACGUUCAAAUGCAUUUAGAGUUAAUUUAAGGCUUUAGUUGCACAAUAACGCAUAUGGUUCAUGGGUAUUUUAUUGCAUGCUUCUCAUGACGCUUUUGAAAUAUCUGGUACAAACUGUGUCUUUGAACAUAUCAGUGUCUUUGCACCUUGUACUUCUUGUACCGAUCUGUGUUUCACAUGUGGAUGGAGAUGUUUUCGUUUAUCAAAGUGAAUAAAUGACAAAGAAAAUA